GCAGUGGCACGCGCGUGCCGCCGUCACCGUGGCGACGCGGCGCUGACCCUCCCCGGAACGGGCGGGCGGCGCGCGCUGAGCGCGUCACCGGGGGCGGCGGCGGCGGCGGCGGCUGGACGGGCCCGGGGCGCCGCCAUGGAGAGCGCGAGCCAGGAUAUCAACCUUAACUCUCCCAACAAAGGUCUGCUGGCGGAUGCCAUGACGGAUGUUCCCGUGGAUAACGCGGCCCGGGGCGCCGCGCCCGAGGGACUGACCCUGGCCGAGGAGGAGGAGCUGCGAGCCGAGCUCGCCAAGGUUGAAGAAGAAAUUGGUACUCUCAGACAAGUCCUGGCUGCCAAAGAGAGGCACUGUGGAGAGCUGAAGAGGAAGCUGGGUCUGACCCCCUUGGAUGGGCUGAAGCAGAACCUGUCCAAAAGCUGGCACGAUGUCCAGGUCUCCAACGCUUAUGUGAAAACAUCUGAGAAACUUGGAGAGUGGAAUGACAAAGUGACACAGUCUGACUUAUAUCUUUCAGCCAGCAGCACACUGGAGGACUGGAAUGAAAAAUUAACUCAAUCAGAAGCUUACAAGAAGACCCAGGAAACCCUUUCCCAGGCAGGACAGAAGACUUCAGCAGCCCUUUCCAAUGUAGGUUCUGUUAUCAGCAGGAAGCUUGGUGACAUGAGGGAAUUUCCUAUUCCACUGUGGCCGGGAGUAUCCGAGUGGGCUCACUCCAUCUCACAUUCCCUUAGCGGCUACUCCAUCCGCCACUCGAUAAGUAUGCCAGCCAUGAGGAAUUCUGCAACCUUCAAGUCCUUUGAAGAUAGAGUUGGGACCAUAAAGUCCCGAGUGGUGGGCAGCAGGGAGAACAGCACUGACGGCCUCCACUCCCCCUCUGGAGCUGGGGACAAGCCUCCACAAGACAACGCUCCCUUCUAGGCCUGGAUGUGGCUUUGCACAGCUGUGCACAACUGGAAGAGCCCCCUCCCUCCCAAACCUUCACCACAGCAACAACAUGCGAAUCCAAGAAGGGGCUGAGAGCCAGUCUGGAGAGAGAUCCAUCCUUCAUUCAUAGACACUGCUGCUGGAUCCAAGUCAAAUAAAGAGAAUGCAAAGUUUUGUACACAAAUAA